UAAUUUACGACUUCCUCCUACGACUAAUGAAUAAAGUUCUAACGGCCAAAUUGCUUUAAACAUUAGAUUGGAUAUGAUCGCAUAAUGAUUGUGACGAUAUUUUUAAGUUUCCUGGUAAUAUAUGUCAACGGGGUGGACUGUGUGCUUUCGGUCGGAGAGACGUCAAAACUGUGUGUGCCGACGGAAAAUAUAGACGGGCCCCGGCACAGCUGCAUAUGCGGGACUGACGGUGUCUACCACUGCGUGCGGAGAGUGGACUACCUCGAGGACCGAUCAGAAAUCAACAUGCUCUUCCAACAAAGACAAUGCGAGCCGAACUACACAUACCAAGAGCAAAACCUUAUCUGCACCUGCAAUGAGUUUGGUGACUGGCGCUCAAAGAACUGCUACCAAAACUUCCACAUCAUCAGAGCCAGGGACAUGUUGAGCACCCCCGCACUAAGAACCAAAGAAUUUUCUUGCAUGCCUAACAAGAUGUAUCUAGUUGACUGCAACAUGUGCAUCUGCGACGAGUCCGGCUACAUCGAUCCUUCACGUUGUACCACUAGAACUUGCACGAAAGGCCACAAAAUAGAUCGCUGCGUGUUCGGAGACAUAUUGAGAACGACAGAUGAGCUAUGCUCGUGUAGUGACAUCAACGUCUACAUUGAUAGACUCUGUGUUAGCAUCUCCGAGCAUAGAAUCCAGAAGAUAAAAAACGAACUUUUCGACGUACUGAUCCAACAUGAUACACGUUUGCGCACUAUACCCGUGUUUUCUGAUCGUUGUUCGCAGGCGGAUUUGGCAGAAGUCGAUUGCAACACAUGUUAUUGUAUUGCAGGGAAUUGGGCUUGUACAAAUAAAAAAUGUGAGAUCACUAAGAAGGUAGAGAAGUUGAGGAAUCGUAAGAAAGCUUUCCUGAGUUUACCUGAAGUUUUUAGUGACAAAGAAACGUGUGUACCAUUUAGGAAGUACCGGUACCGAUGCAACACGUGUAUAUGCUCAAAGAAAAAAGUGCUGUCUUGUACUUCAAUGAUUUGUUUGGAAGCGUUGCUUAGUACAUCUGACUCGGACGCUACUAGAAACAUUCACACCCCCAAUGCGAACGGGAACAUUCCAGAGAUUCGUGAUGGAGAAGAAUGCGAAGAAGGCAAGUUGUAUAGGAAGGAAUGCAAUAUCUGCCGGUGCACUAUGAAGAAGGACCUCAAGUGCACCAAAAAAAUGUGUUUUAAAGGAAAAGACAGAAAUAAAUUGAAGAAAAGCAAAGGCGACCAAUUAGAAAAAGUACCAUACCAUAAGAAACAGCUGGACUUACCCGAGCUUCCGACCGGUGCCUGUGGCGUAGGCAAGUUCUAUAAGAAGGGCUGUAGGAAGUGCUACUGCGAACAUGAUAGGAAAGCCGUCUGUGCUGACGGUCCUGUUGGGCCAAAUUGUAAACUUGAAAUUAAAUCUUACCGAGACUCGACACCGGACGAUUAUGGCGUAAAAACCGACAAGAUAGACAUAACGAAGCUACUGGAACUGCCCAACCUGUCCACUAAGUGCGACCCCGGCCACACAUAUAAGGUGGACUGCAACACAUGCAUCUGUCUCGCUAAUAAGAACCUGCUCUGCACCCACAACUUUUGCUUGAGCAUCGAUGACAUGAAUAAAGUCGAGGCCAGGAAAAGAUCAGGACUACCAUGCUCCAAAGACGUGAAAGAGGACCCCUGCAUGAUAUGCCGCUGCGUGGACGACAAGCUGACCUGUGAAGCUGUGAAGAAGUGCCAGGAGCAGUCCAGGAAGCGGCUUCAUGGAGCCCUGGACAGCUCCCGUGCCCCCCUCAGUCUGACCAAGGGCCAGGAUUGCAUACCCGGAACUGUUUACAAAGAUAGAUGCAAUAGAUGCUACUGCCAGGAAGACAGGGCGCUGCGCUGCACGGCCAUGACCUGCCUCAACUACAUGCAGGCCCUCAGCCUUCAGAAACCGAACAGCGACUAAACACUACGAUUAUCCUAAUUUCUUAAACUUUAAUGCCGGCUCCACACUGUCGCCGAACUAGGACAGAAUGCCGACGCGAAUGCGUGAACAUUGCUCAAUUUGUAUGCGUGCUUUUGUUUACCGCAAUGAAAAAUCAACAAUGUGCACAAAGGGCUUAGUGCGAGUUUGCUAUUUAUAUCUCACCAUCGAGUCGAUUCGAAGUGAGACACAGCGAACCAAUCAUAAUGCGCCGUUGUGACGCAACAACAACUAACCCGAAAUGUCAUUGGUUCGCUGCUUUUCACUUCGAAUCGUUUCGAUAGUGAGAAGUGAAAUGCAAACCCAGACGUUUGGCGAAGGAGCCGGCAUAAGGUUGGCGCAAACCCAAUAUGUAUAAAUGACACGUUUACUUUGUAAUGACAUAAGUGGCUAAGUUCAACGUAUAACGAUCUACAUAAUGAAUAUUCUAUUUUUAAAUUAUGCAAUUCA